AACGAUCCAUAGUACAAAAUCACUUGCAGCGCCAACACACAUCCAGUCCAGUAAAGAGUUGUAGUUCAUCAACCCAAUCGAAAUGUUCAAAUUCGUGUUGAUCGCCAGCCUGCUGGCUACCGUUGUCCUCUCCGCACCCAUCGAUCAGGAUGAGGAGGACAGAUUAGAGUUGGAGCGCCAGCAGAACGAAAAUGCACAGUACUCCUUUAGUUCCAACAUCGACGAUCAAAUCAACGACAACCAGAUUAAAAGGACGGAGGCGCGCGAUGGGGGCACCGUCACAGGCUCGUACAGCUACACGGAUGGAUUCGUGAAGCGUACCGUUCACUAUAUCGCCGAUAAGGACGGCUACAGGGUGACCAAGGACGAGAUGCAGGAUAUUGGUGAUGGACCCCAAUUCAAUCCCGAUGGCCAGGCCGACGUUGAGGGCUCCCUCAUCGGCAAGUACUCGAUCAAGCUGGACAAGAGCGACGAGGACAAGCACUACAAGGACAUCAGGGCUUAAACCUAUACCGUACCCUGUGCUUAGUUAGAGAAUUUCUAACAUUUAGAAAUGGACUGAAUACUUCGUAAAGUAAAGUUACAACCAUCCGAACAAAA